GAGAUAGGCGGAGUUAGGUAAAGUCAAGUGGCAGCAAGCGAGACUCCCACUUGACAUUGGUUUGAGGACAUUUGGAUACUUUUUUCCAAGACUCUACUAUUUUGAUACCACAAGAGUACUCACAGGUGUCCCCCUGGAAAUAUUAUGUGUCUGGGGAGUUCAGUUGUCUUGGAUGCAGUCUCACUUCAGUCAGCCAGAGGCAGAAAGGACAGAACCAACACCCGGCAGAGAGAAACACGACAUCCUCGCUUCAACCUCAGGUGUACCAGUGGAUGACCCACAUGGCGGGCCUGGUAGCUCUGUGCCUGCUGCUGGUGUUUCCACUGAGCAGCUCCCAGAGCACCCUGCAGUCUGAGCAGGGGAUCAAUGCCCAUCAGGCCCCGGCUGCAGCUCCUCACAUACGAGACCUACUUAGUAAAGAGGAAACCACUCACUUGAAUGCAAAGCGCACAUAUGCCCAUGUAGAUAAAGAUAAUGCCAAAGUAGGCCUGUUCAUUGCUGCGGCCAUGGGAACCUUUGCCCUGAUGGCUGCAGUGUACUGUAUCUACAACAAGUUCUACACCAAACACCAGUACCUGCACACCCAGCUCAACGAUGACCCAGAUUUAACCACUGACGCCAUGGAUCCUCCGCCUGUGUUUUUUCACGCCUCUGCUGACUCCAGUGCAGUAGACGUGCGGAGAGCUGGUUACGGCUCGCUCUCGGACACUCCAUCCAUCAUCUCUGUCCCACCCAGCCUCUCCCCCCCUCCCUCUGCCAUGCCCUUCCCUCCCCUCUUCCUCUCCUCUCACUCUCUGAGAACUAUAUCAGCUAAGGACUUGGAGAAGAGCUGUAUCUGACACUGAGUGCUUAGUUAGCAGCAGUCUGACACUUAGACAUAAAGUAGUUUCAAUUUGAACGUGCACGUUGUUUAUCAUUAGCUAUACACAUCGGACAAAAUUUCAACUUUUGUGGGCAAAUGUUGCUUUUAAUAAAAAUGCAUCAGAUUCAAACCUGAAGAAUGGUUUCACACGCACAGCCUUAUCCAGCUGAGGUUUUUGACCAGCAGUAAAUUAAAAAAAGAAAAGAGAAGACUGUUAGCAGUAUCACAUCAGACAUCUACCAGAUCUAUUGGUUACUGUGGUUUGUGUGUGACCAUAUGACUUAUAAGCUUCUCACUGUCGAUAACCACCACAAAUGUAAACAUUUGCCCAUGCAUCACAACUAUAUAUCAGCUGUAGUCAUUUAUGUUUGUAUGUUUGUACAGUUAUGAUAAACUAGAUCUUCUCAGCACCUUAUCCAUCCUGUCAGUAGUCGUCCAGUAUGGCACCAGAGAAUAAAUGAAAGAAAAAGAGGUGCUGUCUUGCUAAUUUCUAUUCUUUAUGGUCAAUAAUUUAACUCUAUCAGAACACAAUACAUGUGUCCAUCCAACAAUUGCUAAAUUAGAUAUGGAAAGUUGAGCAAUGCAGACAGUAUAAGUCUUUGGACUCAUUUGUAGAUGGCACAUUAGUGGUGGGAGGAGAAAGCCACACACUCAAUACCUCUAAUGUUUUAUACACAGUUUAGGUACACCACAAUGAAACAUUCUAAUGAGCCUGUGGUCAAUAAAACCCAAAGGAACACGAGGCCCAAUCACUUCUCAGUUUCAGUUCUGUCUGUGAUUGACGCACAAAGCAACUCCUGAUUUUCUCUUAAUUUUCCCUAGUGUCAAAGGUCACGUGUGCCAACUGACUAUUAUAUAUAUUCAAGUUAUUAAGUGCAUGCUAGGGGAGCCACAGUAAUGAUGGCAGCUCUGCCACUGUUGGUAUGACGCACAGGAGACGGAUAGACUAGCGCACUGAAAUGAGACCCAUUUCUAAGAGACGUAUCUUUUACAGAUCAAUUUGCUCAUUUUUCGUUCCUAGACUCAUGCUGCCUUUUAGUGCCGAACUAUAUUCCCCUUUUAUAUAAAAAUUACUGGUCAUAAGAGCGCAGUCCAACCCUGGGAGCAGCCUGGCCCCUCCCGCGUUACAAAUACCUGGGAAGUCCGUUAAUAUGCUUCGAUCGGACAGUGUUUACUCUAACUCUCUCCAUUCAAGGCUUGUGCGGUCCACGAAUAGCCUCUGCUUGAAUAGUCAGUGCUUAAAACGCCAGGGCUGCGGGGAAGGAAGUGACAUGCUACCUUCCACUCACUACACACACUUGGAGAGAUUAGCGCGCAGGCAGCGGUAAUCUGGUUUCAGGACCACGGCCAGAGACACCGUUUGGCCAUGAAUCCUGUCGAAAGUUGCCUCCAGCGCCCUGUGAACCUUACAGGACACCAACGAGUGUGAAGGAAGUUCAUUUGAUGGAUGUUAAGGACUCUGGCAAAGUGGGACUGACAAUGUUUGUCCAGCAAAUUAAAUCUCUGGGAAAUCUGUGUCGCUGACUACAGAUUCCACUGCACGGGAGACUGCGGGGUUAAGGAGUCUGGUGAUCAAGAAAAAUCAAGUUUUUUUUAUAUGUGUAAGUGAGAAACACGAGGCGGAGAGAGUAGAGGAGAAAAGGUUGUGCGCUCAGACGGGGGCGCGCAAAGACUGCACGGUGGUCGGAUCCUGGAGUCGUGAGGAUGGAGGUCCGGCCGGAAAGGUUUAAGGCCGUGGCAGCCAAGACUCUGGGGAAGAUAUACGGAGCUCUUGAGAAGAAGCAGGAAAAUGGGGAGACCAUCGAGCUGUCAGCGGAGGGCCGGGCUGAGCUGGUGGAGGAGAAGGAGAUGCCUGUGGUGGACUGCACAUGCUUCGGCCUGCCCAGGCGCUACAUCAUCGCCAUCCUCUCCGGUAUUGGCUUCUGUAUCUCCUUUGGAAUCCGGUGUAACUUGGGCGUGGCCAUCGUCAGCAUGGUCAACAGCCACACCAUCUUCAGAGACAACAAGGAGGUCAUAGUGAAAGCUCAAUUUGACUGGGAUCCAGAGACAGUGGGAAUGAUCCAUGGUUCAUUCUUCUGGGGAUACAUAGUAACCCAAAUUCCAGGAGGGUUCAUUUGUCAAAAGUUUGCAGCAAACAGAGUGUUUGGCUUUGCUAUAGUGGCCACGUCUUGCCUGAAUAUGCUCAUCCCCACGGCAGCCCGGAUGCACUUUGGCUGUGUUAUCAUUGUCAGGGUGUUUCAAGGACUUGUGGAGGGGGUUUCAUAUCCUGCCUGUCACGGCAUUUGGGCAAAAUGGGCACCACCUCUUGAAAGAAGUCGCCUGGCCACAACAGCCUUUUGUGGCUCUUAUGCUGGUGCUGUGAUUGCUAUGCCGUUAGCUGGAAUCCUAGUCCAGUACUCAGGAUGGUCCUCAGUCUUCUAUGUCUAUGGAAGUUUUGGGGUCAUGUGGUACUGCUUCUGGAUCCUGGUGUCUUAUGAAAGUCCAGCAGCCCAUCCCACCAUCACAGAGGAGGAGAGGAAAUACAUUGAGGAGAGCAUCGGCGAGUCAGCCCAAUUUACAGUAACGAAAUUCAACACACCGUGGAGGGCCUUCUUCACCUCCAUGCCAGUGUACGCCAUCAUUGUGGCUAAUUUCUGCAGAAGCUGGACUUUCUACUUGCUUCUCAUCAGCCAACCCGCAUACUUUGAGGAGGUGUUUGGGUUCGAGAUUAGCAAGGUCGGCAUAGUUUCUGCACUUCCCCAUCUGGUUAUGACCAUCAUCGUGCCCAUUGGUGGCCAAAUUGCUGACUAUCUGCGCUCCAACCAAAUCAUGACCACCACUAAUGUCAGGAAACUUAUGAACUGUGGAGGGUUUGGGAUGGAGGCAACUCUGCUGCUGGUAGUGGGUUUCUCCCAUACAAAAGGUGUUGCCAUUACAUUCCUGGUCCUGGCUGUGGGUUUCUCUGGCUUUGCUAUUUCAGGUUUCAAUGUCAACCACCUGGACAUUGCACCCCGAUAUGCUAGCAUCCUCAUGGGUAUCUCCAAUGGUGUGGGCACUUUGUCUGGUAUGGUUUGCCCACUUAUAGUUGGUGCCAUGACAAAGCACAAGACACGUGAGGAGUGGCAGGGUGUGUUUCUUAUUGCCUCGCUUGUUCAUUAUGGAGGUGUUAUAUUCUAUGCACUUUUUGCAUCUGGAGAGAAGCAAGCUUGGGCCGAGCCAGAGCAGCUGAGUGAUGAGAAAUGCGGCAUCCUGGAUGAGGAUGAGCUUGCAAACGAGACAGAGGAGCUGUAUCGCACAAGUGGUGGAGCGGGCUAUGGAGCCAUGAACCAGGCAGCAGAUCCCAAUGGAGGCGGAGGCAUGGGAGGAGGAGGAGGCUGGGUCUCCGACUGGGACAAAACCGAGGAGUACGUACAACCAGCCGGAACCAAUAAUUACCUUUAUGGAGGAGAGGGGGACCGAGAGUUAACAUAAAAACCAGCACAUAGCCUUUGGUGAGGCAGAAACAGUGCAUCAACAGUGUGAUGUUUCACCUGAUGGCAUGGAGAACUUUAAAAGUGCGGAUUUAAAAUGGGGACAAUCUUCAGCAAGUCUUACUACAUAAAUAAAACUGAACUGGAUUCAAAAAGACUGCACAGUGGAGGUGAAGACAUUAGUAAAUGUAAAAUGUGUGUUUGUGUGUGAUUGAAGUCGUGUAACCUGUGUGACAGACAAUAGGACCCGUCAGCCUCCCUGUAAUAUCUGAUGGAGGAGGGCUGUGUUUUAGGCCUGGUGUGGUUUUAUUUGAUGUUUAUUCAAUGUGAUAAUUGUAGAAAUUUCUGUAUUCAUUGGCAGGAUUUUGGAGUCCAUUAGUAUGACUCUCAUUUAUAUUUGAGUCAUUCCAGCUUACAAAUCUUUAGGUGCACACUGGUCAUAGGUGCAUUUCUGUCGUUGGGUGAAAACCCACUGAGUUUGUUUAACUGGGUUUCUGCAGCAGCAAAUGCACCUCCAUUGAAGUUAAAAGUUUUGUCCUUAAUGUGCACACUUUUAAGAAAAAGCAUGUUACUUGUGCCAAUACAACAAAAUAUUUUGCUCUGUAUUAUUGGUUUACUUAUCCACUGAGAAAGUAAUUGAACACCUGCAAAUAUUACUGUCUCCUAUUAAGUCUAAAUAGCCCUUACUGACAUUUUUAGAGGCAGCAUUUUGAUUUCCUUGUGCAAAAUGUUUUAUGUACUAGGCCUCUAACCUGCCUGCCUGCUGACAAACCGGGGAAUAAAAAUGCCUCAUAUUAUCCAGGGUAAUAACAAUCCUAUAUUAAAUUAGUUUCUUAGUUUGAGACUGUUUUCCUCAAAUCCAGCAUCUUGAAUUUUGUUUGUUAUGCUUUACAUGUGUUAUAUGCUUUAUUAAUCUUAUCAUAUUACGUUACUGUUGUGUUCAGGCAGUUCAUGCUGUAAGUGUUAAUAUAUUCUCUUUCAGAUUAGGCACUCUGCUGUCACUGUAUUAAUAACCUAAGAACCCUGACACCUGCCAGUCUCUGCCGUCUGUUGCAAAGCAGUGAGCUGAGGCUGUUGUGUGGUGCCGGUAAUGUAGCGUACUAAAAUGAAUGUGCAAAUAAAAAGGGACUGUCAGUCUUGUAAAGCCACCGCAUACAGUCCGUCCCAGGCAGUCUCAGUAGAAAGUGGAAUCUCUCUUUGCUUUAUUCUUAGUGCAGCAAUAUGAAGAUAUCUUAAAUGAUCAGUAAACUAAAGCUGAUAAUGGACAACAAAAUAAUGACACUUCACUGUACACGAGCAAUUUGUUUUACUUUUGUUAGUAGAUAUUGUUAUGUAUCUAGCCCCAAAGUUAAACAUAUCCUUGUGUUAGGUCAUGUGAUGGUAUCACUUUGGCUGAUACAAUUUCAUUAAUUGGAUUCACUGAUAGAUUAAAUAAUAAACAUUAGGGUUUUUACUGUUUUUUGUCAUUUUUCAUUAAUUUAUUAUUUAAUGUUUUGUUUGGAUUGUAAACUAAAACUGAAAAAGUGUAAAUGUAAAAAAUAUGUACAUGUGGAAAAUUGUAUAAUAAAACCUAGUGGUUGUAA